AUGAAUUCAAACAAUAGUACGGUUUCGCAUAUUUCAGAAAAUUACGAAACCAAAUAUUACCUUCAUGAUUAAGACAAAGAAAAUAACAAUAUUUAAAUACCGACAUUUUUAUAAUACUAUCAACUUCAUAAUUCAACCAGUCUUAAUACAAUCACAUAAAAAUUAACACACACUAUUAGCCAAAUUCAAGAAACUGAAAACUCUCUUUAUGAAACCUUAUAGAAAACUGAUAUCACUGAACAAUAGAAGCAAAACAUUAAAAUAAGAAUAAUUAAAUUAUAAAUGCUACAAGUCAUUGCUUAGUUUAAGACUGAAACUUAAUCAAAUCUAUCCACUAUCUAAAGAGAAUUAAGAGAAAUUCAAAAUUAUAUCCUUCAUGAAUUGCUUCAAUUUUGA